CGUUACGCUCUGUGUAACCAUAUGUAUCUUAUCAUUUUGUCCCAUAUACUUGCUGAGCUUGUAUAAAGGAACGGUCUUGUUGCUAACGAAAGUAUUCUAUCAUCACAGGAGCACAUCUAAAGUGAGAUGCCUUUUUUUCCCAAGAUACUAUUUAGAAGUGAAGUUGAAAGUUUUCUCUGGGAUGUUUAUAACAACGCAGAGCUUGUGCAAAAGAUUGGCUGUGCUGAAGCUAAAAGAAGAUUUGAGCUUUUGCUGAGUAAGCUGCCUCAUCCUCCGGUAUUUACAACUGUCCGAGUAAACACUCUCUUUACAUCCGUAGAAAAUGCGAAGAAGCUUCUUAAUGAAGAAAUAAUUAAGCAGUUUCCUGGUCUCAAUAUCCCAAUCUUUCAGCAUUCCAAACUUCAUGACCUCCUACUAAUUCCAGUUAUUGGCCCACGGAGGACACUAAAGCAGCAUUCAUCGCAAGUGAUCGUUGGAGCCCAGUGUGGAAAUGCUGUACUUAGGGGAGCUCAUGUCUAUUCGGCCGGCAUUGUAUCCACUUCAAAAUGGAUGAAGGUGGGCGAUGAAGUAUCUGUGUACUCUGAUAUUGAAGGGAAAUGCCUUCGAGGUGCCAAAUAUUUUUCAGAAUCAAAGGUUUUUAUAGGAAAUGGAAUUUCAGAACUAAAUCGAAAUGAAAUAUUCUCUUCAAGCAAUCCAAUAAAGGACAAAUGCAUCAAAAUGACAGAACCAGUGUACCUAAGCCCUUCCUUUAACAAUGUUCUGUCUGAUUAUAUAUUCCUGCAGAAUUUGCCUUCGGCUGUUGUCAGCCAUGUUUUGAACCCGCAGCCUGGAGAACGUAUUCUAGAUAUGUGUGCGGCACCUGGAGGAAAAACAACUCACAUAGCAACUCUUAUGCAUGAUAAGGGAGAAGUCAUAGCCAUGGAUAAGAUAGCCAAGAAAGUGGAGAAAAUGAAAUCAAAUGCUUCAGUGUUAAAGCUUAACUGCAUAAAGACUUUUUGCUUCAAUAGUACAAAGGCGGUGGCAGAGGGGGCAGCUGCUGAUGAGCAAGGUGGGCCUCCAUUUUUACCAGAGUCUUUUGACAGAAUUCUGUUAGAUGCUCCAUGCAGUGGUUUGGGACAAAGACCAAAUAUGGUUUGCAGUUUAUCAUUGAAAGAAGUAACAUCUUAUCAGCCCUUACAGCGCAAACUUUUUAGUGUGGCAGUAAAGCUACUAAAACCUGGUGGUAUACUUGUAUAUAGCACAUGUACUAUAACAUUGUCUGAAAAUGAAGAACAGGUAGCUUGGGCACUCAGAACCUUUCCUUGCCUUCAGCUUCAGCCACAGGAACCGCAUGUUGGCAUGGAAGGCAUGUUGGGUGCUGAUUUGUCUUCUGACCAGCUUAAACAACUCCAAAGAUUUGAACUUUCAUCAGCAGAGAUAUAUGAGGUUGAUUUAUGCAAUCCAAAUUCAAGUGCUGAAGACAUGAGUAUUUUAGCAAAUAAUGACACAAUAGGAUUUUUUAUUGCAAAAUUUAUUAAAAAGGGAUGAUUUUGUUUUUUAAAACAAUUAGCAGACAUAUUUUUUUAAAACCAAGCAACAUUAUUUUUGAGCUGCCUGGAUUUGUUACAACUUUAGUGUUGCUAGGACAACAAACUCAUAAUAUUGUUGCCAUAGCAGCAGACAGUCUGCCAGCUGUUCAACGAGCACUCUGCAGAUGCUAACUUAGGUUGCUCCAUAUCCUUGAUAUGUACUCUCUUAAUAAAUUAUUGUCUCUUGAUUUA